AUGGAGAGUAGAGUUGCUCUAUAUAUCCUAGUAUUGAAUAAUAAGGCAAUGAAGGAUAACAAAAUAAAAAAGGUUACUCCAGUUCAUCCCAGUUUACCCCAGUUUAUCCCAGUUUGCCCGAGUUCAUCCCAGUUUAUACCAGUUUACCCCAGUUUAUCCCAGUUUACCCCAGUUUAUCCCAGUUUACCCCAGUUUAUCCCAGUUUACCCCAGUUUAUCCCAGUUUGCUCCAGUUUAUCCCAGUUUACCCCAGUUUAUCCCAGUUUACCCCAUUUUAUCCCCGUUUGCCCCAGUUCAUCCCAGUUUAUCCCAGUUUACCCCAGUUUAUCCCAGUUUACCCCAGUUUAUCCCAGUUUGCUCCAGUUUAUCCCAGUUUACCCCAGUUUAUCCCAGUUUACCCCAUUUUAUCCCCGUUUGCCCCAGUUCAUCCCAGUUUAUCCCAGUUUACCCCAGUUUAUCCCAGUGUAUCCCAGUUUAUCCCAGUUUACCCCAGUUUAUCCCAGCUUACCCCAGUGUAUCCCCGUUUAUCCCCGUUUAUCCCAGUUUAUCCCAGCUUACCCCAGUUUUUCCCAGUUUAUACCAGUUAAAACCAGUUUACCCCAGUUUUUUCCAGCUUAUCCCAGUUUAUACCAGUUUACCCUAA